AUGGGCUGGGGCGGCGUGGACAGUGAGCACCGCGGGCGCCACCUCCACCAGCUUGGAGUCGCCCCGCGAGCGGCCCGGUGGCUGCACGCGUAUAUCGAAGAACGCGGACCCUUACUGCAGCAAUGGGGGGCCAACCACACGGCUAAGGAGAUGGCCCGCACGCUUCACGAACAUUCGUGGUUCCAGGUGCCAGGCGGGGACCGCGUCGUGGCCUCUCACACGGGGGGGCGUCAAGGGUGCAAGCUCGGAUCACUCGUGUUCAACUCGGCCUACACCCCAGCACUAGACAUGCUCCGGUGGCGAUUGCGCCAGGACGGCGUGACCCUACGCAUCCCGCAGGCCCCUGGCGCUUUUUGGGAGCCUGCGCCCGCCGACGACCCGCGUGAAUGCGAGAUUGUGGACGCCAUCUUUGUUGACGACGAGGUCGUUAUCCUCCUGUCCGAGUCUCCUCGGGCUUUGGCGCGUGCUAUCAACGUCUUGCUCGAGAUCCUGAUAGGCACUUUCAGCGACUUCCACUUGGAGAUCCAUUGCAGCAAGGGCAAGACCGAGGGCCUAAUUGCUCUCCGGGGCAAGCGCUCGGUGGACGUUCGGGAGAAAUGGCGGCAAGCCGACGGCAGCCUGGCCAUUCCGGUCCCGACUUCUGGGCCCUCCCUCCACGUGUGCGAGGAGUACAAGCAUCUUGGCACGUGGGUCUCUGUGUACGGAAUGUCGUCUCGCAGUGCCGCUCACAGGGCGCAGUCUGCGAUGGCGGCGUAUGCGCCCAUCUCCCGCAAGGUAUUCGGCUCGCCGCUGAUGAACGACAAGUAUAAGGUCUCGUUCUUGCGUAGCCUCGUCCUCUCCCGCCUCACCUGCAACCUCCAUGUCUGCACCUUGCCCAUCCAGACGCUUCGCCGCUUGUCCGGGGUCUACGUGGGAGUGCUUCGGUGGACUGCAGGAGAGCCUCGUUUCUCCAAGGCCGUGGCGCUGACUGACCAGGAGGUCCGGGAGAAGCUCGCCUGCGGCAUUUUGGCAAGCUGGUCCAGAACCAGCCGGCCCCCCUCUUAG